AUGGAUAGUCUAACUGCUUGGUGUUGCAAAUUGCUGACGUCACCUCAACUGAAGGCAUGGCUAAAGCAACAGUUGUUGAUUCCCCUACUUGAGUAUGAGACAAGACUUAAAAAACUAGAAGUUGUUGUUCAGAAUCUGAAGAAAGGUAAAGAAGUACUUCAAUACAAAGUUGAUGAGGAAGAAAACCGAUAUGGGAGAGGGAUUCCCGAUGAAGUUAAAAAAUGGAUUGACGUAGUGGAUAAAAUAAUUUCUGAAUACGAUCAUUUUCUUGGGGAGGAAGAACAUCAUAAACUUGCAGUGUUUGACUUGCUUGCAAGUGGUGGUUACCUUCCUCACCCGGGGAUAAGGUAUCGUCGAAGCAGAACAGCAUAUAAUAUUACAAAGAAGGUUAAUGCACUUCAACAAACAGCAAAGGAAGAUACACUUUCUUAUUGGCUUCGCCCACCCUCCUUGGCUGCCUUUUUUUCUAACGUUGGUUAUGAGAGCUUUCAAUCGAGAGAUGAAACUGUGAAGAAGAUUAAGGCAGCAUUGGAAGAUUCAAAUGUUAAAAUGAUAGGACUUCAUGGGUUUAGUGGUGUGGGCAAAACCACUUUAGUCAAAGAAGUUGCUAAGGGAGCCUUGGAUGAGAAGAAGUUCAAUGUAGUGACCAUGGCAAAUGUAACCAGAAAUCCUGACAUAAGAAAAAUUCAAGGGCAAAUUGCUGAUAUGUUGGGGAUCACAUUGGAUGAGGAAAGUGAUAUUGCAAGAGCUACUCGAAUUCAAAUGAGAUUAAAGGACGAGAAGGACAGCGUGCUUAUAAUCUUAGAUGAUCUUUGGGCAAAAUUGGACUUCAAUAUGCUCGGGAUUCCAUCUGGUGAUGAUGAUGUCCAGACAGAUGUCGAAGAAAAAAAAUCCCCUGAGGAGAAGAAAACUGAAGAUGCUUCCAGAAAGAAGGAAACAGAAGAUGCUUUAAGUAUGAUUGAAACCAAAGAAACCACCGGUGCUCACAAUGGGACGGAAGCAAAAGAAACACUUAGUCAUUAUAAAGGGUGCAAAGUUUUGCUGAUUUCUGAAACAAAACAAGUGUUAUUAAGUCAUAUGGAAGGGAAGGAAGACUUUAUUUUCUCUUUGGAAGUCUUAAAGGAUAAGGAAGCAGAGAUGCUGUUCAAGAAUAAAUCUGGAGUAGGAGAUACACAAUCUGAAUUUGAAAAGUUAGCUGCUCAAAUUGCCAAAAAGUGUGACGGGUUGCCAAUGCAUAUAGUUACAACUGCAAGGGCAUUAAAAAAUCAGAGUCGCUCGGCAUGGGAGGAUGCUAACCGAAAGCUUGAAUGUCAAAAGUUAACUGGAGUGCCUGAGUUUGCUACAAAGUUGAGCUAUACUCUUUUAGAAAAUGAAGAGCUCAAGUAUACUUUCUUACUUUGUGCUCACAUGGGUCAUGAUGCAUUAGUUAUGGACUUGGUGAAAUACUGCAUUGGUUUGGGUUUUCUUCAAGGAAUUUCCAAAGUAAAGGAAGCUAAAGAUAGAGUAUAUGCAAUGGUUGAAAAGCUAAAAGAGGCUGGUUUGUUGUCUAACGGUUAUUCAAAUGAUCAUUUUACCAUGCAAGCUAUUGUUCGCAGUGCGGCUUUGUCAAUAGCAUCCAACGAGAACAAACAUGUGUUUAAAAUGACAAAUGGAGAAGUUGAUGAAUGGCCAGAUGAGGAUAAACUUAAAAGGUACAAUGUAAUUUCCUUACAGCAUUGUCAUAUCAUUGAAGGGUUUCCUCUUUUAAUAAAAUGCCCCAGACUUAGAGUCUUCCAUGUUAACAAUAAUGAUCCAAGUCUGAAAAUAUCAGAUAACUUUUUCAAAGGAAUGAAAGAACUUAAAGUGUUGAUAUUGACUGGCUUUAACCUAUCACCCUUUCCUUCGUCAAUCAAAUGCCUAACCAAACUCAGAAUGCUUUGUUUGGAGCAUUGUGUGCUACGUGAGGGAUUAUCCAUAAUAGGCCAAUUGAAAAAGUUAAGAAUUCUUAGUCUUUCCGGAUCAGACAUUGAAAAAUUGCCUCCUCAUUUGAAUGAGUUAACAAAGCUACAAAUUUUUGACAUAAGUGAUUGCUUAAAACUUCAAGAAAUUCCUUCCAAUGUAAUAAGCAGUUUUAUUAGUUUGGAAGAGUUGUAUAUGAGAAACACCUUGGUUCAAUGGAAUAUGGAAGGAGGGUCAGAUCAAAGUAAAAAAGCUAGUCUUUCUGAGCUGAGCCAUCUGAAUCAGUUGACAACUCUAGAUAUACAAAUCCCAAAUAUUGACCAUUUGCCAAACAACUUGUUCUUUGACAAGUUAUAUAGUUACAAGAUUGUUAUUGGAGAUUUGAAGGCAUACUUAGAGACAGAUUUCAAGAUGCCAGAGAAGUAUGAAAUAUCGAGAUUUUUGGCAGUUCAGUUAAAAAAUUGCCUUGACAUCCAUUCUCAAAUGGGCAUCAAAAUGUUGUUCAAAAGAGUUGAAAUUUUGUUGCUGGAAGAUCUCAAAGGUGUAGAAGAUAUCUUUUAUAGGUUGAAUUUGAAAGGAUUUCCAUACUUAAAACAUUUAUCCAUUGUAAGAAAUUCUGAAAUUCAAUCUCUAAUCAACCCAAAAGACAGUCAACAUCCUGUGAAGGCUUUUCCUAAAUUGGAGUCAUUGUAUCUCUAUAAUCUCGAUAAAAUGGGUGAACUAUGCUCCUGUAAUCUUUCAGCACCCUCAUUUGGUAAACUGAAAGUCAUGAAGAUCAAUAUGUGUGACAAAUUGGAGAAUGUUUUCUUACUUUCGGUGGUUAAACUUCUAACUCUUCUUGAAACAAUUGAAGUUUCUGAAUGCAAAUCUUUGAAAGAGAUUGUCCAAGCUGAAACGCCAAGCAACCCUAAUGAAGUUGAGUAUCCCAAGUUUCCAGAAUUGCGCUCUUUGACAUUGCAAUCUUUAUCUAAAUUUAUUGGAUUCUAUACCACUUCAUCAACCGGAGGAGAUACCAAAAAAAUACUACUCCAUGAAAAGGUUGAGGUUUUCAAAUUAGAGAGAAUGGAGUUGUCAUCCAUUCAAAUUGACUUAAUAUGGAGUGUCCAACCUCCACUAAGUUCAAAUUUUCAAAAUUUGAUACACUUGGAUGUGAAUGACUGUUCGAAUUUAGAAUGUUUAUUAUCACUUUCAAUGGCCAAAAAUCUGGGGAAUCUUCAAAGCCUUUUCAUUAGUGAAUGUGAGAAGAUGGAACAUAUCUUUCUUGAAGAGCAAGAUUCCGAUGAUAAAAUGGAGGGCAAUAUCUUUCCAAAUUUGAAGAAUAUCAAAUUGAGUAGCAUGAAGAGUUUGAGAAAGAUAUGGGCGAAACUCCCUUUAUAUUCCUUUGGCAAACUGGAUACUCUAAUCAUUGAGGAGUGUGAUAAAUUAGACAAAGUUUUUCCUUGUUACAUGGAGGGAGUAUUUCGGAGUCUAUGCAACUUGAGGAUUACUAAUUGCAAAUCAAUGGAAGCAAUAUUUGACCUAGAUAAUGGAAAACAAGACGCUGGGGACAUAACCAACUUGCAAGACAUUCAUUUAGAAGCACUCCCAAAAUUGAAGCAUGUGUGGAAAUGGAGCAAUGGCCAGAAAGGGCUUCUCAAAUUGAACAAUCUGCGAAACAUAUGGGUUCAAGAUUGUGUCAGCUUAGAAAAUAUAUUUCCAAUUUCUAUAGCCAAUUGCCUUUACAAUCUUGAAUACCUUUUGGUGUGGGAUUGCUCUCAAUUGAGGGAAAUGGUUGCUCAGGGAGAAGUUACCAACAACAACACAAGCAAUCCUAAUCCAUCAUUUGAGUUUCUGAAAUUAACCACCAUCAAAUUUUUGAACCUUCCCAAACUCAAGAGUUUCUAUCCGGGAAAUUGUGAAUUAAGAUUCCCAGUAUUGAAUGACUUGUCUAUUGAACAUUGUGACAAGCUGGAACCAUUCCCAAAAAAAACUGCAGAUGCACAAAGCAAGUCAAUCCUCUUUCCUGAAGAGGUAAUCAAUAAGUUGAAGUUCAUGAGAAUUGAGUUGUGGCAUGCAAAUUCGUCAAGCAGCUACAUGGGGGAGGAAAACUACCGAAGAGACAACUUAGAAGAGCUUCACUUAUCUAGAUUAUGGAAUACCAAAAUUCUAUAUUUUUUCCUUCAUAGGAAUCCUAAUCUGGAAAGCCUAACAUUGAGUGAUUCCUCCUUUAAAGAAGUAGUGCCUCAUGUAAAUCCUCCUGAAAUUAAAAACUUGGGGGUCGUUCCAGAGCUGAAAAGCUUGAAGUUAAUAGAUUUACCUGAGCUUGAGAAUAUAGGUUUUGAACGGCACAUAGUUCUACAAAGGAUAGAGUUCUUGAGUUUAAACAAAUGUCCUCGUUUGGCCACUAUUGUGCCUCCCUCGGUAUCUCUCACUCAUUUGACAAGUCUGGAAGUGGUUAACUGUAAACUAUUAAAAUAUUUGAUGCCAUCAACGACUGCAAAAAGCCUUGGACAACUCAAAACCCUGAAGGUAGUCAAAUGUGAAUCUCUGAAGGAAGUUGUAGGAAAUGAAACAGAAAAUGCAGACAAAGUUGUCAUUGUUUUCAGACAAUUGAAAGCUCUAGAACUAAUAUCAUUGGGGAGCUUCGAAAGUUUCUGCAACUCUAAAAGUUACAUCUUCGAGUUCCCAGCAAUGGAGAAAUUAGUAGUGAGUGCAUGCCCUAAAAUGGAAAAAUUCUCUCAAGAAGUCAAGGACCCACCAAUUUUACGAAAAGUAUAUGUUGUGCAUGAAGGAGAGAAGAAGAGAUCUUACUGGCGUGGUAACUUAAAUGCUACGAUACAGAAAAUAUUCAAGGAAAAGAGUUUUUUUGAAGGCAUGGGCGAGAUUAGUCUUUCAGAACAUCCUGAUCUACAAGAAGCCUGGGGUGAUAAAAAUGCUCUGCAAAACAGUUGGUUUUACAGUUUGAAAACUUUGAAGCUGUUCAAAUGUAAAAUUCAACCAUGUGCAAUUCCAUCUCAUGUUCUUCCUUAUUUAAAUAACUUACAAGAAUUGGAAGUAUCUGAGUGCAGCUGGGUAAAUGUAAUUUUUCAUAUGAACAGCACUGAGGUUAUGGGAAAGUUGAAGAAAUUGAGUUUGCAAAAUCUUAGGGGGCUGACGCAUGUGUGGGAAAACUAUCAUGAAGGAAUGUUCAGCUUUCAAAAUCUGCAAGAAGUUUUUGUAAACUCUUGUCACAAUCUGAAAACUCUGUUUCCUGAGGCCCUGGCCGAAAAUCUUAAGAAGCUCGAGAAGCUUGAAAUAAAAUCUUGUUAUAAUUUGCAAGAAAUUGUUGAAAAGGAAGAAGACGCAACAGCAGCUCAAGUGACAAAAGAAUUUGUGUUCCCUCGUUUAACCUCACUGGUUCUUUAUGAUUUGUCCAAGCUCACUAACUUUUACCCUAAAGCAUUCACUCUGGAAUGCCCCGAGUUAAAUAGUUUUAUUGUGUACUAUUGUAAUAAUUUGGAGGUAUUUCAUAGCGGGAAAGAAGCACAUCCCAACAAUGAAGUUAGUAGUACUUCAUCAAUUAAGAGACAUUCCCUAUUCUCGGAUCCAAAGGUUAUUCCCAAUCUCGAGGAAUUGAGGCUGGAAGGGAAACAGAUUUCCAUGUUAAGGUUGAACUUAGAACAAUCUAAGAAAGAACUCAAACGUUUAAAGCAACUCUUCCUGCUUUCUAGUUACUAUGGGGAUCGGGUGCCGUUCGAAAUACUUGAGAUGACACCCAAUUUAGAAACAAUGUUUAUAGCCACUUGCUGUGUGUCGGAAAUUGGUCAACACAAGAUGCCUGAACACUUGAAAACGUUGUUUUUGCAUGGAGUGUGGGGGCUCAUGUCCAUCGGGUCAGAAGACUUACCAUGGUUAAACACACUUUGUGAGAAGCUCCACAAAUUAUGUCUUUACAGGUGUCGUGGUUUGACAACAUUACUACGCUCUGUGAGAAGCUCCACAGUAUCUUUCUCUGAUCUAAAAGAAUUGAUUGUGGAGGAAUGUGAUGGAUUGAAGUAUUUAUUGACAUCCUCAGCAGCAAAAAAGUUAAGGCACCUUGAGGAGAUCAGAGUCAGUCGCUGUAAAUGGAUCAAAGAAAUAGUGGCAAAAGAGGAAGAUGAAAUAACUUCAGAAGAUAUCAAAUUUGAGCAGCUGGACAAGAUAGUUCUCAAAGAUUUAUCAAGACUCGAAUGUUUUUAUUCAGGCAAUGUCACUUUGCAGUUACCGUCUCUGAUACAAGUGGACAUAAAGGAUUGCCCCAAGAUGGAAAAAUUUUCCCAAGGAUUGAUACAUGCAAAAUCUUUUAGAGGAAUUCUCUUUUCCUCCCACUCAAAUUCUGAUUUGGUAUUCCAAGAUGAUCUUAACACCUCAAUAAAUCAGUAUACUCAGUUAGUUUUACGUCCCGAGAAGUAUCCAACAUUGGAAAAGGUAUGGCUUCAGAGAGAGACAGCCACAAAACUGGCAAUAUUGAAGUACAUGUCUGAAUCUACCACUGCCAAAAUAUUGCCUAAUCUAAAAAGGAUGGAGGUAGGUGACUGUAAUUCAAUGAAAGAAAUAGUGGCUAAAGAGGGAGAUGAGAUAAUAUUUAAGAAGCUUGAGAUCUUGAUUUUUGAAUCAUUGCCAAGAAUUGGAAGCUUUGAAUUGGGGAGAUGCACUUUGAAUUUCCCAUGCUUGGAAGAAGUGUCAUUCAUCAAUUGCCAUGGCAUGAAAUAUUUGUUCACUUCCUCAACUGCCAAAACCAUCAAAAGAUUUCCUAAUCUGAAGGAGAUACGAGUAUUUGACUGUGAGUCCUUGGAAGAAAUAGUGGCAAAAGAGGGAGAUGAAUCAGAUGAAUAUGAGAUAAUAUUUGAGAAGCUUGAGAAUUUGACUCUAGAGUCAUUGCCAAAACUUCGAAGCUUUGACUUGGAGAGAUCCACUUUGAAUUUCCCAUGCUUGAAAAAAGUUUCAUUCAUCGAUUGCCACGGCAUGAAACACUUGUUCACUUCCUCAGCUACCAAAAGCAUCAAAAGAUUUCCUAAUCUGGAGGAGAUAUCUGUACGCAGCUGUGAGUCCUUGGAAGAAAUAGUGGCAAAAGUGGGAGACAAAGCAGAUGAAUAUGAGAUAAUAUUUGAGAAGCUUGAGAUUUUCACUCUAGUGUCAUUGCCAAGACUUGGAAGCUUAGACACGGGGAGUUCCACUUUAAAUUUUCCAUGUUUGAAAGAAAUGAAGUUCAGCAGAUGCCACAGCAUGAAAUACUUGUUCACAUACUCAACUGCCAAAAGAUUGCCUAAUUUGAAGGAGAUAUGCGUAAGUGAAUGUGAGUCAAUAAAAGAAAUAGUGGCUAAAGAGGGAGAUGAAUCAGAAGAAGACCAGACCAUACUCCAAUGGCUUGAGAUUUUGCGUUUAUCCUGGUUGUGGAAACUUGAAAGCUUUUACUCGGGGAGUUCCACUUUGAAUUUUCCAUGUUUGAAAAAAUUGGUGUUUUUCAAUUGCCACAACCUGAAAAUUUUUCGUUAUGCUGACAUAGUACCAAAAGAAUUGGAGGUGAUAAGAGACUAUGUCCGUUGGGAAGGUGAUAUAAAUGAUGUGAUCAAGCAACAGUUGAGGAAGGAGGUAGCUUGA